AAAUUCAUGUCAGCCUAAUAAAACAUAUUGAGGGGAAAUCAGGCAGUUAUGUGCUGAUUGCUGAGUGCUGAUAAAUGCAAAGUUAAUUGUGUCUGGAUGUUGCUGAUAUAUGAGGGCUGAGAAACAAAAAUAUCAUCAGGAAAAUAAAGUUAUAAACACCAAGAACUCAAAACAGGAAACAGCAUAGGAAGCUGCAGCUGUAUUGACAUGGAAACCUAUAGAAAAACACAUCGCCCAUGUGAAAUUAGUGACUGUUCCAUUGCAACUAAAACGUUAUUUGAAAUACUUUAAAAUCUCGGUGGAGGCCUAAGAAAAUAUCAAUAGCGAAUUAGGCAGACUAGUAGUCGAUUAAGCUAUGUGAUGGGCAUAAUAAAAAAGCACAUCUAUCGCUUCACAUCUGAGCCUCCUACAACCAAGUUUUGAACAUACAGUCAGCAGCUGAACAUAAGAUCUGAAGUCGUGAUCUGUUAGGCUGUAGCAUACCCAGUAGCCUAGUCACGACGACUCGACUCCAUAGCCGAUUUCUGUGUGAUCAUUGCCAGUCUGUAGCUUGGCUAUCUGCCUCUUUAAGAGCAAUUUCCUGCCAUUGUCAAAUAGUCGUGAGCAGGAAGAGGGGAACGAAACCAGAACCCGAGGGGGCAGGGCCAUUUAAAAAUACCUGAUGUAGAAUAACUGGGACAGAUUUUCCUCUCUCAGAGAAACAUUACGCGGGAUAACAAGGACGUAAAAAACGCGCGGGUCUAUUCGUCAAUAGCCUAUCGCAGGUACAGACCCCUGGUCAAAACACAAAAUUGACCCUUGAGGGAAAUUGGCAUACGGGACGGAAUCAUGACAUCCACUGACUGCUGAGUAGCCGGGUGACUGGACAGGUGCUUUCUUCUAUCUAUGUGCUUUCAAAAACGCACCUUACACUCAAGGAUGCGUUAUGCCAUGCCGCGAUUUUAAAUCGUGAAAUUAAAUGUAAAGGAGAAAGGGGGUGUGCUCUCAGUGUGCAACAUUAUUCAGAGAGCAGCUUGAUGCUCUGUCGGAAGCAUUUUGGAAUGGCAUCUACAAUUGAAAGAAAGACAUUGGAGACAAACGAGGAGCCAGUUGAUGAGGUCCUCCAGAUGCCGCCAUCGCUGCUGACUUGUGGUGGCUGCCAGCAGAGCAUUGGCGACCGUUUCUUCCUGAAGGCGAUAGAACAGUACUGGCACGAGGACUGCCUGAGCUGUGACCUGUGUGGAUGCCGCCUUGGCGAGGUUGGCCGGAGGCUCUACUACAAACUGGGACGCAAGCUGUGCCGACGAGAUUACCUGAGGCUAUUUGGUCAGGAUGGGCUCUGUGCGUCUUGCGAUAAGCGGAUCCGUGCUUUUGAGAUGACCAUGCGAGUGCGGGACAAGGUCUACCACCUGGAGUGCUUCAAGUGUGCAGCCUGCCAGAAGCAUUUCUGUGUGGGAGACCGUUACCUGCUCAUCAACACAGACAUUGUUUGUGAGCAGGAUAUUUUUGAGUGGACAAAGCUCAACAGCAAUAUGUAGGGGAAUGUUUUUGCAUCGUGUCGCCUCUCCAUUUAGCCCUUUGCCACCUCAGAUGCAUAGCGGUGUGUUGAAGAAGCGGUAUGAAAAGUGUGCUACUUUUGAAAUCUCCGAAAGAAGCUAACUUGGGCAGCUUCAGCGCUGGCUUGUCACCAGGUUGACAAGAAUGCUCACCAGCACUCACACCACAAGACACGAGGCCCUAGUAAAGGCUUGUCUUUCUGAAUGCAAAAAGGACAGUGCUUUGAUAUAGGCAAUAAUGCUGCAUCGCAAGUCAUUUGAGUUUUGUUGAAAGAUGUAAAUAUUGUAAGAGAUGACAGCUUCUGAUGAGUAUCCUUAUUACUUGUCUAUAACAUUUGAAACAACUUUGUUAAAAUGUUCAAAUAAAUAAGUUUACAGUUA